AUGGCGGAGAGAGAACAACCGCUCCAGGCCGUCCAGGUCGAGGCCCUGGUUGUGAUGAAAAUCAUCAAACAUGGCACUCAGCUCUUCCCCACCCCCGCAACCGGAUCGCUCGUUGGAAUGGACGUUCGCGGGGCCCUCGAAGUCACAAACUGCUUCCCUUUCCCCAUCGUCGAUAUCCCUGCCGACUCGCAUUCCGAUGGAGCUCCUCCAAACGCCGCUGCAGCGGCCCCGCGCGCCAAAGCCAACGCCGCAUAUCAGAAUGAAAUGAUCAAGAUGCUGCGAGAAGUUAACAUCGAUGCUAACAAUGUCGGCUGGUACACCACGGCAAACAUGGGCAAUUUUAUCAAUCUGAAUUUUAUUGAGAAUCAGUUCCACUACCAGAAGGAUCUUAAUGAGCGGGUGGUGGCGCUGGUGCAUGAUGUCAGCAGAAGCUCGCAGGGCGCUUUGAGUCUUCGGGCCUUCCGCUUGUCGCCCCAGUUUAUGGCUGCGUUUAAGGAGAAUAAGUUCACAGCGGAGAACCUUCAAAAGUCAAACCUUAGAUACCAGGACAUUCUCAUCGAGCUUCCCGUCCAUAUCCACAACUCACACAUCCUUACAUCCUACCUUCACCAGCUCCCCUCCCCACCUCCUGCCGAGGAACUGGACUUCCCUCCCUCUCUCGCCGCCCUAACCGACGGUCCGCUCGCCUCCUCGUCCCUUCUCACGCCGAACUUCGACAACCUCUCGCUGAGCAUCGACCCCAUCCUCGAGAAGAACUGCGACAUGCUCCUCGACAGUAUCGAGACCCACCACACCGAGAACAACAACUUUCAGUACUACCAGCGCUCCCUGGCCCGCGAGCAGGCAAAGAUCACCGCCUGGCAAACCAAGCGCAAGGCCGAAAACGCCACCCGCACCCAGCUCAAGCAGCCCUUGCUCGCCGAGGACGAGUGGCAGCGCUUGUUCAAGCUGCCACAGGAGCCUAGCAGGCUUGAGAGCAUGCUGAAUACCAGACAAGUCGAGCAGUAUUCGCGACAGAUUGAUGGCUUUGUUUCUUCGACUACUGGGAAGAUGUUUGCCGUUCGGGGCAAUCUUCUGCCUGGGGAGUCACAGGGUUAA